AAGUACAAUGUUUGGUCAUGUGUUUUUCAGUGUUUCGCUUGCUAGCUGUCAGGUGACUAAGACCUAGUUUAUUUUCUGCUAAUUCGGUAUGUUAUUUUAUCACUUUUGAAUGGCUCAUAUGAAAUGGAUUACCAAGGAGAACCAUGGUGAUCAUCAAUUCAGUCCUGAAGCUUUUGCAGAGACAGACCUAUACCUGUCUGUCUCACCGCUAUGGGCUAUACCUCUGCUUUGGGGGGAUUGUCCUCAUGAUAGUUUCUGCCUUCCAGUUUGGAGAAGUGGUUGUGGAGUGGAGUCGGGACCAGUACCAUGUGUUGUUUGACUCCUACAGAGACAAUGUAGCAGGGAAAUCAUUCCAGACCAGGUUGUGUCUGCCCAUGCCUAUCGAUGUGGUGUACACCUGGGUUAACGGCACUGACACCGCUCUGAUGAAGGAACUUAGAGCAGUCAGAGAGAACCUGGAAGAGGAGCAGAGAGCACUGAGAGAACGCUUGGGAAAGAAUGCAAGUAAUACAACUGAAGUGCCAAAGGAUAAAGUGAAGCCGGAGUGUCUGCUGUCUCACUGUAUCAUAGCACCCAUGCUAGCACUGGAGCCAGCUUUACCAGCUAAUGUGACUGUGAAGGAGCUGCCUUCGCUCUCACCCUCCUUCUCUACAGCCAAGCAGUUACUGCAAGUUGCAACACCUCUACACCCCUCCACCAUGGUGUCUGUGGUUGUAUUUCAUUCUCAAGCUGAUGCUGAAAAGGCCUAUAUUGAAGUGUCUCAAGAUGACUUGAAGAGGUCUGUUUCCAGAUGUUACUUGACAACAGACAAGGAGACUCCAGGUCUGGUGCGUAUGCAUACGCUGGCCUACCUGAGUGGCUUCCCAGCAUCCUACAAGGAGACUGAGCUGCUGAGAGUCAAACUGCCCUCUGUUGUCACCAGCAAGAUCAAGCAGUUCCAGCUGUAUUCCGAGGCCAGCAUAGCUCUGCUCCACCUUAACAGCCCCCAGGACUUCCUUGUCCUGACCCAGCAAGCCAAGAAGAACCUGACCUUGGACGGGAAAGAGUUAAAUAUCAACCCUGCCUACCUGUUUUGGGACCUCGCCACCAUCACACAGUCUAAACAGGAUGAGGAUGUUUCAGCCAGUCGCUUCGAAGACAACGAGGAGCUACGCUAUUCGCUGCGCUCGGUGGAGAGACACGCCCCCUGGGUGCGGCACAUCUUCAUAGUAACAAACGGGCAGAUUCCUUCCUGGCUGAACCUGGAUAACCCCCGCAUUACCGUGGUUACGCACCAGGAUAUCUUCCAGAACCUUACUCACCUUCCCACCUUCAGUUCUCCUGCCAUUGAAACACACAUCCACCGCAUCCCAGGCCUGUCCCAGAAGUUCAUCUACCUUAACGAUGACGUCAUGUUUGGGAAGGAUGUGUGGCCAGAUGACUUUUACAGUCACUCCAAGGGACAGAAGGUUUACUUGACCUGGCCUGUCCCUAACUGUGCCGAGGGCUGCCCAGGGUCCUGGAUUAAAGAUGGCUACUGUGACAAGGCCUGCAACAACUCUGCCUGCGACUGGGAUGGCGGUGACUGCCUGGGAGCAGGUGCGAACAAUCGAUUUGGGGCUGGUGUGGGAGCAGGUGGAGCUGGAGGGGCUGGCGGACCGCCAUGGCACUUUGCAGGUGGCCUGGGAGGCAUUGGAGGGAUUUCCUACUGCAACCCGGGCUGUGCCAACUCUUGGUUGGCUGACAAGUUCUGCGACCAAGCCUGCAAUGUGCUCUCCUGUGGGUUUGAUGUAGGAGACUGUGGCCAAGACCACUUUGGACAGCUGCACAGAGUGACACUGCAUAAGAACCAGACACUGUACACUCUGCCAGUGGGGGAGAUCAGGCCCUACUUCAGCUUCGCUGGCGUGGGUCACAAGGUGACGGACGCCCAUGUCAGUGACAGCCCAGUGGUGCGUCACACCUCGGUGGCCAACAAGUGGAAGACCAUCCACCUGCUGCUCCACUCGGGCCACAACGCCAGCCAGGUCCACUACAACCUCACCUUCCAGGACAAGGACGACAAGGAGUUCACCAUGAGCUUCACUGUGGCGGUGGACACCAGGGAGCUCCCCAAGCCUAACGUCUCCGACCCUGUCCAGAAGGAAGGGAGCAAGGGGGCCAAACCCACUACUGCCACCCCUGAACCCGAGGUCCCUUUUGCCGAAGUCCCCAGGGAGAAGCAGGGUCCUAAGGUCCAGAAGAGGCCCCCUGGAGAGCCCGAGGUGGCCGUAGAGGUGCCUGAUCUGAACAUUCCUCUGCUGCCUGCAGCUGUGCGCACUGAGCUGCAGAGGCUGGAGGAGAAGCUCCUGAUGGGUGAUAUAACUGUGAAGGGUUAUAACCUCACGAAGGCUGCUCUGUUGGGUCCUUACAAGGCACUGGCCAAACCCAACGAGGAAGGCAUUCGCUCACCGCUCAAAGUAGGGCCACAGCAGACUGAAUCCCUGGAUGAGCCAUACAAAGAGCAGGUGGGAGAUAAGAUGGAGGCACCAACAGUGGAUACUAUACCACAGGAGGCCCAGAGAGAAGAAGGUGACGAGGAGACACACAAAGAGUUGCCGGCCAAAGAAGCCAAAGGCCCAGGCGAUGUACCAAGGGCGGCGUUUGAAGAGAGAGAUGAGCAGAAAUCCCAGUCUCCAGUGGCCCUUGUCCAAGUCCAGAUUGAUGGAAAACCUCCCGAAAACCCAGGAGGUCAACGUCCUGUGACAACGAUACCCGAUGACGUCAUAACAGAGCGUUCUCCAUCCUCCAAGUUGCUGAGCACCCUGGCUGGGUCCAAAAGCAAAGGCCCAGACAGCCAAUCACACCAAGCCAUUGACGGUGUAGGGGAGAUGGGGUUUGUUGGCAGGAAGUUGCAACACUACACUUCCUCAGACAGAGGCUUCUUGCCGUGGGAAAGGAAAAAGUUCUUUCAGGAUCUGGUGGAUGAAGAGGAGCGUCUGACACGGGAGCUGAUGUACCAGUCUGACAGCACCGCCACUGGCCGGAGGCUGCAGGACACCUUUGCUGAUUCGCUGCGCUAUGUCAACAAGCUGUUGAACGGCCAGUUUGGAUUCACGUCCCGCAAAGUCCCUGCCCACAUGCCCCACAUGAUUGACAGGCUCAUCAUGCAAGAACUUCAGGACAUAUUCCCCGAGGGCUUCGACAAGACGUCGUCCCACCGGGUGCGUCACUCCGAGGACAUGCAGUUCGCCUUCUCCUACUUCUACUUCCUGAUGAGCGCCCUGCAGCAGCUCAACGUCUCCCAGGUGUUCGACGAGAUCGACACGGACCAUUCAGGGGUGCUCUCGGACCGUGAGAUCCGAACGCUCGCCACCAGAAUACAUGAGCUGCCCCUCAGCCUACAGGAUCUGACGGGUCUGGAGCAGAUGCUGAUCAACUGCUCCAAGAUGCUGCCUGCCAACCUGACCCAGCUCCACGUGGUCAACCCCACCCAGGAGGCUUACUAUGACCCCAGCAUGCCUCCUGUCACCAAAGGUCUGGUCAUCCACUGUAAACCCAUUAUAGAGCGUAUACAGAAGGCCUUCAGAGACCAGAACAAGUACAAGUUUGAGAUCAUGGGGGAGGAGGAGUUAGCCUUCAAGAUGGUGCGCACUAACGUGUCCCAUGUGGUGGGACAGUUAGACGAUAUCAGAAAGAACCCAAGGAAGUUCAUCUGUCUGAACGACAACAUCGACCACAGCCAUAAGGACGCAGGGACAGUGAAGGCGGUGCUGAGGGACUUCUAUGAAUCCAUGUUUCCGCUGGCCUCCCAGUUUGAGCUGCCCAGAGAGUUCCGGAACCGCUUCCUCCACAUGGGAGAGCUGCAGGAAUGGCGAGUAUACAGGGAUAAGCUCAAGUUCUGGACACAUUGUGUGCUGGUGACUCUGGUUAUCUUUACUGUGAUCUCCUUCUUCGCUGAACAGCUGAUCCUACUGAAGCGCAAGCUGUUCCCGAGACGCAGGGUCAGCAAGGACGUCAACCCAGAGCGUGUAUGAAGAAAAGGAAGUGUUCCUCCUCUCUGCACCAUCCUCAUCCUUCCUCUUGUCUCUCCCCCAUAUUCUCCACCCUUCUUGUGGCAAGGAAACAACCCUUAAGGGGUGAAUAGGGGAAGAGAAGUUGGAAGAGGAAUAGCCGUCCCUCUGAAGCUUGUCAAGUGCUCACCUCAGAAUGGCUUUAGAAAGUGUCCAUUAAGUUUCUCGACAAAGUGGCCAUCAACCAUGUGUGGGACAGCCCUCAACUGCUGGUACAACAGAUGCCAAAUUAUACCGGGGUCACUCUAGAUUUCCUCCACUAGGGGUGCCAGAGAUCCAAGCCAGUGAGCCAAAUGUGUGCCACACUCCUGCUGCAUCCGCUCCAUUGUGAUUUAUGCAAUGUUAAACACUUGAACUGGAUGGGAUUGGCUCGGAGGAUCCUUUCUAGUGGGUUACAUAGAACCACACUCACCAAGGCACAAGUCGUUUCAGAGGUUAGGGUAGAAAGAGAGAACUAUCACUGAGAGGGAUUCAUGAAUAAUGAUCAUUUAAAAAAAGAGUUACAUGAGCCGAUAUACCUGUCUGUUUUAGCCUGCACAGCCUGUGCUCUCACUGUCCUCUGUCCAACAAGUGCCUUUUCUUAAAUAGCUUAACGCCUGAGCUGCACCCAUGAUCGAUUUCUGCUUGUAUGUACUUGUUUUCUUCCUGUCCCUGCUUGCCUUUAACAUUUCCUUGACAUUUCAUACCACCUAGGUAUGUUGAUUUCUUAGGUGAUAGUUGCUAGUGUUUUAUUUGAAAGUUUUAUUUUUAUUGUGAAUGUUUGACAAAUUAGUGACUGCAGCAUUCAGCCGUCCGUCGGUGUGUUCCCAUGGGACACGUUUAGCUCUUGCUAGUGUCUGAAAUUCAGACUUGUUGGGCAUGCUGUUUAAUAAAGAUGUGAUUGUAUCGUUCGUGAAAAGCCAAAUCUUCUCAUGCAUCUGUAAUGACUACCACGGAAUGUUUAUUAACCUCACAAAAGGUUCUACUGACCCUGUUUCUUCCCAUGGUUUGACCUUUUUUUUUUAACCAGACAUCCAUAAAUCUUGUAGGGUGACAAAUACUCACACUGAAUAACUGUUUACAGCAGAGUGCCAUGACAGAUGUUUUGCUGCUGUACUGUUUGAGGUCUGUCAUGUUACCUACAAAUUCAAAUGCAUGUCACCCAAAUUAUUUUUGAGGUAUAACUCUUCGGACGUUAUUCUAAUUCCAGCACACACAGUGCAUAAAUUGUAAUUUGCUCCCACCCCAGAAUUAAAAAUGACAACCAACAACUUUGCUUUCUUGGUCUUCGUUCUUUCAAAUAAAGAAAUACAAGUGACUGAAUGAAAAAUAUGUCUUUAUUAAAACCUUUUCACUCACUUUUGUUAGUACAAAGGUGUAUUACUGUAUAGUGUUGAACAGUGCAAUACCAUGUUAUGGUUGAGCAUGUGGACCUCUAAUGCAUAGUUCCAUAAUUAACCAGCUGAAAAACCCCUGAUUGAACAGAAACAUCAAGUUAGUGUCAGUUACAGUCACUUAGCAACCUUACAUCCCCUGAAAGCUCUUUAUUAGCAUUCUACCUUCAUUAUCUGCAUCCAAACAAAAUUACCUUUUAGGGCAUGGAUCACUACUAUGUGCAUGUUUAAGACAGAAGGGUGAUUCAUUUUGUAUCUUUGAUCAUUUAAGCCACCAUUAUUACAUGGGGUCUUGACCACCAUUUCUCCCAAAUGUAUCCCUUUCUGUAUCCUAAUGUUUAACACAGAUUUAAUUUCAAUGUUAUGUUCUGUCAUGCUUCAAGAAACAGACCCAUGAUGUAUCUGUUUGGUAUUGGAAAACUAAUCAUCGUAUCAUUAUUAUCACAAAUCAUUGAGGUUCAAGUACCAAAUGCAUUCACAUGUACAUUGUAUAAAUGUGUUUGUAUAAAUGUUAAAUGAGAAACAGACAGAUUCCAGUCAAGAGUUAUGUGUAGUUAACGGUAAAACAUAUUCCAGUAGUCCUAUGUCUCAGCUUGGGUAUCUUGCACAAUACUUAAAUUAUAGUUUUAAACACUGAUCCAUAAGUAAAGUUUUCUGCAUAAACUACAGAAAAUGUAAGCGAAAGACAGUGUUUCUCAACUUCUCUCACCAAACAUCCGCACAGAAAUUUAAAAUAAAACAAUUAA